GGAGGCGGCUGUGUCGUCGUGUUGGGUGGAAACACUUCAGUAGUUUAAGCAAUAAUGUCUUCAGUUCAACAUUUAGCAGAUUUUAUAAACGAGACACAAACUGCUGCUGCUGAAGAAAAACGGACAACGUUUAAAGAAACUAUCGUCCAGUACGAGGGAGAGCUCGAUCCUCAGCGCAGACUGCUGGAUAUCAUCUGGAAACCACAGAUAAAGCUACACAGAAUAGACCUGCCACAGCAUUAUGUCUGUAAGGAGGAGAAGGUUGACCAACAGCUCUGUAGCCACAAGACGAAUUCCAGUCUGGACCAGGAGGACCCAGAGCCUCCACAGGUUAAAGAGGAACAAGAGGAACUCUGCAUCAGUAUGAACCAGGAGGACUCAGAGUCAUCUCAGAUUAAAGAGGAACAGGAUUAUCCAGAGCCUCCACAGAUGAAAGAGGAACAGGAAGAACUUUUUGCUGGUUUAGAUCAGGAAGAUCCAGAGCCUCCACAGAUUAAAGAGGAACAGGAGGAACUCUGCACCAGUCAGGAGGGAGAGCUGCUCAUAGUAAAGCUGGAGACUGAUACCUUCAUGGUGACUUCUACGAAUGAGAAAAGUGACCAAAGUAAACCAGAACCGAACAGUGACCAGCUCCUUUCUCACGACUGCCUUUCAGCUGAGAGCCCAGAUCAGGACAGAAACAAGGAUGUGGAUUCAGGAUUAACUGGAAAUGCAAAGCAGAUGCCAACAAAGAAACAUCACAGGAACAAUGUAGUCAACUCUCAGUUGUCAGAGAAUCACAGUAAUACUGAUACGGGGGGAAAAUCUAUAAAAUGUGCUGUUUGCGAUAAAGCUUUUAAAGAUGAGUAUCAAAUGCAGAGACAUCAGAGAAUCCACACAGGUGAGAAGGUGUAUGUUUGCAAAAUUUGUGGGAAAAGAUUCUACAAGGUAUCAUUGCUGAUGUAUCAUCAAAGAGUCCACACAGGUGACAAGCCAUAUUCUUGCAAAACCUGUGAGAAAAGUUUCAGUUUUAGCUCUUACUUGAAACGCCAUAUGAAGACCCACACAGGUGAGAAACCGUAUGUAUGUCACACCUGUGAGAAAAGAUUUAGCAACUCAUCAGGACUAAAAAAGCAUGUUAUAAUUCACACAGGUGAGAAGCCAUAUUCUUGCAAAACAUGUGGGAAAAGUUUCAUUAGUAGCUCUUACCUUAAAAUUCAUAUGAAAAGUCAUACAGGUGAGAAUAUGUACCCUUGCAAAACGUGUGGGAAAGUCUUCAGUUGUAGCUAUCAUCUUAAAAUCCACUUUAGACUUCACACUGGUGAGAAACCGUAUUCCUGCAAAACAUGUGGGAAAAGUUUCAGAUUAAGUGAUAAAUUGUUGCUCCACAUGAGAACCCACACAGGGGAGAGGCCUUACCCCUGCAACACUUGUGGGAAAUUGUUUAAAGAUGCAUCAACACUAAAAGUACACGUAAGAUCUCACACAGGUGAAAAACCUUAUGCGUGCAGCAUCUGUGAAAAACAUUUUAAAUCUGCAUCACCGCUGAUACAACACCUGAGAACUCACACAGGCGAAAGGCCAUAUUUUUGUGAAACGUGUGGGAAAAGCUUCGUUCAACGUGGCCAUAUGUUGCGCCACAUGACAACUCACACAGGUGUCAAGACGUAGUCCUGAAAAAUUAAUCUAGGAACGAAGCUUGAAGAAAACAUGUCAGAAGUCAUAUUGGUUAACCACAACUCAAAUUUUUUAAUUUAAUUUUAAAUUAAAAAAAUAAAAGUGUCUUUGUGUUUUGCUGUUCACAGCAGUGUCUUCCAGCCCUGUGUUUACUUGUAUUACAAUCAAGUGCCUCCUGUACAUCAAAGGGCAUAAAGAAAUGUAUGUUUUCCUAAAAACUUAUUAAAAGCUUACUACUGCUAUCAGUUGAGAAAUGAUUGCAACAAUGGGGGAACCAGAUUGUGUAAAUUGUAAUGUUCACUACUUAAAUAGGUUUAAGUGUUUUAUUUUGUUUGUUUGUUUGUUUGUUUGUUUGCGGUUGUUUCCAUUGACUUCAAUUGUCCUGUAAUUUCUCAAGUAAUUUAUGCUUCUACAUUCAAUGGUGCUACUUUGUGAAGUUUUUGUGUUUCACAAAAUUGCUUCACUUAUUUAUGUGUCGUGUAAUUAACUCACAGAAACCUCUGGUGAAGUCAUACUAUUUAUUACAGAAACACUGUACAUUUUUAUCAGUUAUUUUCCUCAGUGACUGAUGAUUGACCAGUGCAGAAAAUGUCAAAAAAAAUUAUGUGAAAGCAUUUAAUUAUUAAAGUUUUCCUCUUCUUUUUUUUUGUUGUUGACCAAAACCACAAAGUGUAGAGUUUUUUGUAAUGUAAAACUGUGAUACUAUCAAAGAUUCAUGUAUUUUUUAAAAUGAAUUUUUUGUUAAUGGUUCCAGAGAAUAUUUGCCAUUUUUUGGUUUUAAAAAAAUGGCUCUCUUAUGGGAUCAAUUAUCAGAACUGUUGCCAGGAAACCUAAUGUCACUAAAAAUGAUUAAAAGACUAAAUUUUCAGCUCUA